AUGGUAAUCGUCAGGCUGGCUACGCUACUGUUCAUGAGUAAAAUCAUCUAGUGUUAUAGACUGAGUAAAAUAUAGUUUUUCAGUUUUUCAUGCAUUUCAGCUUAAUGCGUUGACAAGACACAUUAAUUUGGCAGAUUCGACUUAUGAGUAUAGGUAAUCAUGCGAUGGCGAGUACAAUUCGGGAUUAAUAGUACGAGUGAUGUUUGGAAAUUUUGCCAAAAUUGGACGAGCCGCCGGAGCGAGUCCAAUUUGGCAAAUUUCCAAACAUCACAAGUACUAUUAAUCCCUAAUUGUACGAGCAACAUCGCAUGAUUACUUGUUUAUUAUUAGCAUGACAAAAUUGGAUACGUACUUCUCAAUGUCAACAUCAUAUUCUCUCGCCAAAGUCCAGUCCUGCCAGACUUUCAACCAAAAUUUGUUGCUUUUGUUUGUAUUUUCAUUUAGUUCUUUUGUUCAAGCAAAAUUUGGUGCUUUUGUUCGUAUUUUCAUCUACUGUAGUUCCUCCACGGCAAUUUCAUUUCGCAUUUGUGUUUAAAAUACCUUUCCGCCAUUUUUUUGGUUUGGGAAAAUCAUUAAUUGUACUGCAGUACAAUUAAUGAAAUAAUUGUACUCCUCUCAACCAAUCAGCAUCCAGUAAUUUUGUCAUGCUAAUAAUAAAUGGCGUAAUUAUGAGCUAUACACUAAGUCGUCAUGAUGUGUUACAAGUUGAAAUGAUGAGUUAGAAUGACGAGUCAUGUCAAGUCAAUACCAUUCGUCAUUCAUUUCAGGAUGAUCUCAUACAGAAAUAUGAUUUACCUGCUGUAUCUAAAUCAAGCCUAGAACUGAAGGAACAAAAGGUGUGUGGUGCUAUACUAAAGUACUGACUGGGGCUUUUUUUAAGGCUUUUUGUAGUACAGUGAUGAUGGUGGUGGUGAGAUAGUUAUGGUGAUGAUUGUGGUGGUGAGAUGUUGCUGCUGGUAGUGAUGAUGAUGGUAGUGAUCAUGAUGAUGAUGGUAGUGAUGAUGAUGGUGGUAGUGAUGAUGAUUGUGGUGAUCAUCAUGAUGAUGAUGGUAGUGAUGAUGGUGGUGAUGAUGAUGGUGGUGAUCAUGAUGAUGAUUGUGGUAGGUGGUGAUGAUAAUGAUGGUGGUAGUGAUGAUGAUGGUGGUGGUGGUGAUGAUGAUGAUGAUGGUAGUGAUGAUGAUGGUGGUAGUGAUGAUGAUUGUGGUGAUGAUGAUGAUGAUGAUGAUGGUAGUGAUGAUGAUGAUGAUGGUAGGUGAUGAUGAUGAUGAUGGUAGUGAUGAUGAUGAUGGUGGUAGUGAUGAUGAUGGUGGUGAUCAUGAUGAUGAUUGUGGUAGGUGGUGAUGAUAAUGAUGGUGGUAGUGAUGAUGAUGGUGGUGGUGGUGAUGAUGAUGAUGAUGGUAGUGAUGAUGAUGGUGGUAGUGAUGAUGAUUGUGGUGAUGAUGAUGAUGAUGAUGAUGGUAGUGAUGAUGAUGAUGAUGGUAGGUGAUGAUGAUGAUGAUGGUAGUGAUGAUGAUGAUGGUGGUAGUGAUGAUGAUGGUGGUGAUCAUGAUGAUGAUUGUGGUAGGUGGUGAUGAUAAUGAUGGUGGUAGUGAUGAUGAUGGUGGUGGUGGUGAUGAUGAUGAUGAUGGUAGUGAUGAUGAUGGUGGUAGUGAUGAUGAUUGUGGUGAUGAUGAUGAUGAUGAUGAUGGUAGUGAUGAUGAUGAUGAUGGUAGGUGAUGAUGAUGAUGAUGGUAGUGAUGAUGAUGAUGGUGGUAGUGAUGAUGAUGGUGGUGAUCAUGAUGAUGAUUGUGGUAGGUGGUGAUGAUAAUGAUGGUGGUAGUGAUGAUGAUGGUGGUGGUGGUGAUGAUGAUGAUGAUGGUAGUGAUGAUGAUGGUGGUAGUGAUGAUGAUUGUGGUGAUGAUGAUGAUGAUGAUGAUGGUAGUGAUGAUGAUGAUGAUGGUAGGUGAUGAUGAUGAUGAUGGUAGUGAUGAUGAUGAUGGUGGUAGUGAUGAUGAUGGUGGUGAUCAUGAUGAUGAUUGUGGUAGGUGGUGAUGAUAAUGAUGGUGGUAGUGAUGAUGAUGGUGGUGAUUAUGAUGGUGGUGAUUAUGAUGUUGAUGAUGGUAAAGAUGGUGGUAAUGAUAAUGAUUAUAAUAGUGGCAAUAAUGAUUGGUGAUGGUGAUAAUGAUGAUGGUGAUGAUGAAAUGAUGAAACACAGUUCAGUUGAAACCAAACAAAUCUCUAUAUUUCAGAAUCUAUUGAGAAGUCCUCUAGACACAAUCACCGGGAGGAAUAAUAACAAUAUCCCAAAACAGAAAACCAAGAAAAUAUCUCCAAAAAAUGCCAAAGACCCAAGUCAGCGCACACUUAACUUUUUUGUUCAAACACCCAACGCCAACACAACUACCAAAGACCAUACUACGCCGACCAAAGACAAAAGUUCUGAAAAACUUAAAGGAAGUCCUGUAAUAGCCGAACUUAAGAUUUGUCUGACGCCUAAGAGCAAAGUUAAGGAGGUGGUGGCAAAAUCGUCGGAAAAUUCUAAAGCUGACUCGGUGAGGAAUGAGGAUGGUAGCAAGACUGAGGGAAAGGCUGCAAGAAGCUUGUUUAAUGUUGAACAAGAUGUCGCAGAAGUUAUAGAUAAGGUAAAGCAUUCAGUCCUAAACUGUUCUUCCUAGAGGUUCGGUCCAGUGUUAAUACUACAGGAGGAAACCUAAACUAAACUAACUUUAUUUAAACUGGAUAGCUCUAUCUGUUCUAAACUGUUCUUCCUAGAGAUCCAGUAAGGAUCAUCUCUUAUUGAUUCAGUGUUACUACAGGAGGAAACCUAAACUAAACUAACUUUAUUUAAACUGGAUAGCUCUAUCUGUUCUAAACUGUUCUUCCUAGAGAUCUAUUACGGAUCAUCUCUUAUUGAUUCAGUGUUACUACAGGAGGAAAUCUAAACUAAACUAACUUUAUUUAAACUGGAUAGUUCUAUCUGUUCUAAACUGUUCUUCCUAGAGGUCCAGUAAGGAUCAUCGCUUAUUUAUCCAGUGUCACUACAGGAGGAAACCUAAACUAAGCUAACUUUAUUUACGCUGGAUAGCUCUAUCAAUUCUAAACUGUUCCCCCUAGGGGUCCAGUAAGGAACAUCUCUUAUUGAUCCAGUGUUACUACAGAAGGAAACUUAAACGAAACUAACUUCAUUUAUACUGAAUAUCAGUUCUAAACUGUUCUCCAUAGAGGUUAGGUAAAGAUCUGUUCCAGUGUUACUACAGGAGGAAACCUCAUAUGUUACUAAGAAACAAAAAUGUGAGGCUUUGUGAAGUGGCGCAAUUAAAAACCCUAUUUGGAAGAUUGUGUCUUCUUGAUAUGACGGUUUUUGCCUACUAGGCAAGAUCGCUGACUAGUCUGUAGAUACAGUACUGCGUGAAGUUUAAUCUAUCUCUUCCUUUCAGGCUGAUGAAGUGGCGAAAAGUGAAAUCACAAUACAAGAUGACGAAGAAGAUUUCGUUCCAAAGAAGCCAAGUGUAAUACCUGACAAAGAAAACAAGAAAUGCCAUGAAGAUGCUAAAACAAGUGCUGGCAAAAAAAUUACUGAGAAGAAGAUUGAAACUAACUUGAACGAAAAAGAAAAUGGUCAUUCAAGUAAACUAGAUAAUGUUGAUAACGUCAAAAAAAUUAGUAGUAAAAAGGUAAUCACAGUGAAACUGCUAUGCAGAGGUAGACCAAGUUUUUUGAGAUCUAUGUUUUCACAGAAAAUUUUCUGAGUUACUAAACUCUGAAGAUUAGACUAAUUGAAUAUCUAAACCACUAACUACCUGCCUAUAAUGAUCAAGCAUGUACAGUGUAGUUAAUAUAUUAACUGGAUACCUAAAUCAAAGCGGGAAAGUUUCGUAAAAAAUAUUCAUAUAGCCUAUUCCAGUGUUACUACAGGAGGAAACCUAAACUAACUUUAUUUAUUCUGGAUAGCGCUAUCAGUUCUAAACUGUUCUCCCUAGAGGUUCGGUAAGGAUCAUCUCUUAUUGAUCCAGUGUUACUACAGGAGGAAACCUAAACUAACUUUAUUUAUUCUGGAUAGCGCUAUCAGUUCUAAACUGUUCUCCCUAGAGGUUCGGUAAGGAUCAUCUCUUAUUGAUCCAGUGUUACUACAGGAGGAAACCUAAACUAACUUUAUUUAUUCUGGAUAGCGCUAUCAGUUCUAAACUGUUCUCCCUAGAGGUUCGGUAAGGAUCAUCUCUUAUUGAUCCAGUGUUACUACAGGAGGAAACCUAAACUAACUUUAUUUAUUCUGGAUAGCGCUAUCAGUUCUAAACUGUUCUCCCUAGAGGUUCGGUAAGGAUCAUCUCUUAUUGAUCCAGUGUUACUACAGGAGGAAACCUAAACUAACUUUAUUUAUUCUGGAUAGCGCUAUCAGUUCUAAACUGUUCUCCCUAGAGGUUCGGUAAGGAUCAUCUCUUAUUGAUCCAGUGUUACUACAGGAGGAAACCUAAACUAACUUUAUUUAUUCUGGAUAGCGCUAUCAGUUCUAAACUGUUCUCCCUAGAGGUUCGGUAAGGAUCAUCUCUUAUUGAUCCAGUGUUACUACAGGAGGAAACCUAAACUAACUUUAUUUAUUCUGGAUAGCGCUAUCAGUUCUAAUCUGUUCUCCCUAGAGGUUCGGUAAGGAUCAUCUCUUAUUGAUCCAGUGUUACUACAGGAGGAAACCUAAACUAACUUUAUUUAUUCUGGAUAGCGCUAUCAGUUCUAAACUGUUCUCCCUAGAGGUUCGGUAAGGAUCAUCUCUUAUUAUUGAUCCAGUGUUACUACAGGAGAAAACCUCAGAUGUUACUAUGGAGAAAACAUGUGAGGCUUUGGGAAGGUUGUGUCUUGUUAUUGCGGUUUUUGCCUACAAGGCAAGAUUGCUGACUAGUCUUCAGAUGCAGUACUGCACUUGAAGUCUAAUCUAUCUCUUCCUUUCAGGCUGAUGAAGUGGAGAAAUGUCAAAUCACAAUACAAGAUGACGAAGAAGAUUUCGUUCCAAAGAAGCCAAGCGUAAAACCUGACAAAGAAAAUAAGAAAUGCCAUGAAGACACUAAACUAACAAGUGCUGGCCAAAAAAAUACUGAGAAGAAUACUGAAACUAACUUGAAAGAAAAUGAAAAUGGUCAUUCAAAUAAACUGGAUGAUGUUGAUGAAGUCAACAAAAUCAAUAAUACAAAGGUAAUCACAGUGAAACCGCUAUGCAGAGGUAGAAAAUUUUUUUUGAGAUCUAUAUUUUCACAGACAAUUUGUCAUGUUUGAUAGCUACAGUAAUUCUGAAGAUUAGACUAAUCGAAUAUCUAAUGCCUAAUAUCGAAUACCUAUAAUGAUUAAACACCUAGUUAUUAGUUAAUCUACGAACUCAAUACCUCAAUCAAAGCGAGAACGUUUAAUGCGUAUUCCAGUGUUACUACAGGUGGAAUCUUAAACUGACUAUGUUAUGUUAUGUUAUGUUAUGUUAUGUUAUGUUAUGUUAUACUAACGAGAAAAAAUGUGAGGCUUUGGUGGGGAGGUUGUGUCUUCUUGUUAUUGCGGUUUUUGCCAACAAGGAUAGAUUGUUGACUAGUUUUUAGAUGCAGUACUGCGUGAAGUCUAAUCUAUCUCUUCCUUUCAGGCUGAUGAAGUGGAGAAAAGCCAAAUCACAAUACAAGAUGACGCAGAAGAUUUCGUUCCAAGCGUAAAACCUGACAAAGAAAUGAAGAAAAGCCAUGAAGAUGCUGAAACAAGUGCUGGCAAAAAGAUUACUGAGAAGAACAUUGAAACUAACUUGAAAGAAAAUGAAAAUGUUCAUGCAAAUAAACUGGGUGAUGUUGAUAAAGUGAAAAUAAAUAAUACGACAAAGGUAAUCACAAUGAAACCGCCAUGUAGUGGUGGAAAAUUUUUUUUGAGAUCUACAUUUUUGCAGAAAUUUUCACAGACAAUUUUUUAUCUUUAAUAGCUAAUUCUGAAGAUUAGACUAAUUGAAUAUCUAAAUUACCAAAUACCAACAAUGAUUAAACACCUAGUUAAUCCACUAACUCGAUACCUAAAUCAAAGCGGAAAAGUUUCAUAAAAAAUAUUCAUAUAGCCUGCAGUAGGAAAUUUUUAAUUCUGUAAGACUGUAACUACCAGGACUACUUCAGGGUUUAUUUUGUAUGCCUUAUCAGUCUUAAAGACACGUUGCUUCACACGAGAACACUAUAGAGAUAAUCACAAACGACAAUUUAUUUUCCCUAUUUGUAGUCUUUUACGGAAAAUUUUCAGCCCUAAACCCAAGUUCCCAGAAGGAAAAUUAUCCAGCUCUGCCGCCAUUUGAUGGAUAACGAAUCUCUUUCUCUGCAUGCAUGUUUCUGGAGGUGUUUCCACAAGCUAUUUACAGUGCUGUUUGAAAACAGCUUGCAUCUAACAAAGUCAAUUUAUUUUCCAGCAUGACGUGGUUAUGUUGGACGACGAUUUCAGUGAAAAAGAAAAGAAGAUUGUCAAAAAUAACGCUUUGAAGAAACAGAAAACCUUGUCUCAAAUGUAAGCCAACUGCUUCAAAUAACUAACAUUAUUUAUACUGGGUAGCUCUAACAGUUCUAGACUGUUCUUCCUAGAGGUCCAGUAAGGAUCAUCUUUUAUUGAUCCAGUGUUACUACAGGAGGAAACCUAAACUAAACGGACUUUAUUUAUAUUGGAUAGCUCUAGCAGUUCUAAACUGUUCUUCCCAGAGGUGCAGUGUAAGGAACAUCUCUUAUUGAUCCAGUGUUACUACAGGAGGAAACCUAAACUAAACUAACUUUAUUUAAACUGGAUAGCUCUAUCAGUUCUAAACUGCUCUUCCUAGAGGUCCAGUAAGGAUCAUCUUUUAUUGAUCCAGUGUUACUACAGGAGGAAACCUAAACUAAACGGACUUUAUUUAUAUUGGAUAGCUCUAGCAGUUCUAAACUGUUCUUCCCAGAGGUGCAGUGUAAGGAACAUCUCUUAUUGAUCCAGUGUUACUACAGGAGGAAACCUAAACUAAACUAACUUUAUUUAAACUGGAUAGCUCUAUCAGUUCGAAACUGUUCUUCCUAGAGGUCCAGUAAGGAACAUCUUUUAUUGAUCCAGUGUUACUACAGGAGGAAACCUAAACUAAACGGACUUUAUUUAUAUUGGAUAGCUCUAGCAGUUCUAAACUGUUCUUCCCAGAGGUGCAGUGUAAGGAACAUCUCUUAUUGAUCCAGUGUUACUACAGGAGGAAACCUAAACUAAACUAACUUUAUUUAAACUGGAUAGGUCUAUCAGUUCGAAACUGUUUUUCCUAGAGGUCCAGUAAGGAACAUCUCUUAUUGAUCCAGUGUUACUACAGGAGGAAACCUAAACUAAACUAAUUUUGUUUAUACUAUACUGGAUAGCUCUAUCAGUUCUAAACUGUUCUUCCUAGAGGUUCAGUAAGGAACAUAUCUUAUUGAUCCAGUGUUACUACAGGAGGAAACCUAAACUAAACGGACUUUAUUUAUACUGGAUAGCUCUAACAGUUCUAUUUAUUUAUUUAUUUAUUUAUUUAGGUUUAAGUUUAAUACUUCGAAAAGUUCUAGCAAAAUAAAAACUAACGUACCGAGGUACAGUACAGUAUUAUUUGAAAUUCCAUAAUUCACCAACAAGACAAAUACAAUAACCGGGACCCACACACAAGCGAUAAAUCUAUAAUUGAAAUAAUUUGCACUUUUUGUAACAGGAAACAGCCAAAUAAAGAAAACAAGCUGGGAGUUUUGGAUGAAAAAACUGGGACAGAACGGUAGGCCUGAAGAUUACUUAAAUGUAUGCAUUGCUCUCCCAAUACCAUAUCUGUGAAUGUUCGGUCUUAAGCUCCGGUUAAACGAAGAUGAUAGUUGCAUCUCUCGUUCGUGUUUGACUCGCAUGCAACUUUAAUCGACUCUCAUGCACCCUUCAUCAACUUUGAACUGAUUCAAAUUUUAAUGGGUUGAUCUUGAUCAGAGUUUUUACGCGCUCUGUAAUAUAAGUCAACUCUCGUGUAACUCUUGUUUUCGUUUGACCGGGGCAUGAAAGUUGAGCAAACUCUGAUGCAAUCUCUCGCUUCUCAACUCUCAUCAACUCUCAUGCAAACUCUCGUUUCUCAACUCUCAUCAACUCUCAUGUAAACUCUCGCUUCUCAACUCUCAUCAACUCUCAUCAACUCUCAUGCAAACUCUCGCUUCUCAACUCUCAUCAACUCUCAUGCAAACUCUCGCUUCUCAACUCUCAUCAACUCUCAUGCAAACUCUCGCUUCCCAACUCUCAUCAACUCUCAUGCAAACUUUCGCUUCUCAACUCUCAUCAACUCUCAUGCAAACUCUCGCUUCUCAACUCUCAUGCAAACUCUCGCUUCUCAACUCUCAUCAACUCUCAUGCAACUCUUGUUCUCGUUUGACCGGGGCAUGAGAGUUGAGAAAACUUUCAUGUAAACUCUCGAUUCUCAACGCUGAUCCUCGUUUCACCCAGGCUUUAGUAACAUUUUUUAAUUUUUUCCAGGGAAUCAGUUGUUGAAACGGUCGGUUUAAAGAAAGAGUUAGGAAAAGAACUGGUCAGUGCAGUUUCAGACUUUUAUAUGUCUUUCAAAAUUAUUGGGGGGGGGGGAGUGGUCCUCCUUCCCCUGCCCCCCAGUGUCCGCCACUGUCACUGUCCUUGCAUUUAGGCUAAUGACCUUGUUUAUUUAGCCAUCGCUGAAGACUGGUUUCGAACCUGUUCGUCUUCCUUUGCCUUCCCCAAAAGCUGUGUCAGCAGUUCCUGAGCAAUUGAGAAGAUAUUAUGGUGAUAUACUUAUGAUCACAGAGUUCAUUCAUUUCUACGGAAAUUUUCUCAGUCAAGAUGGAGACUUAAAGUGUAGCCCAGGUACAGUAAAGUUAAUUGAAAUCUGAGCAGGACCCAGUGUAGGUAGUGUUCUACAAUAAGAUGUCGUGAUUUGUGUCUGAACUGCCUGAAAAAUAUCUCAAACGUGGUGAUCCAGUGUAGGUAGUGUUCUACAGUAAGCUGUCGUGGUUUGUGUCUGAACUACCUGAAAAAUAUACAGUAUCUCAAACGUGGUGGUCCAGUGUAGGUAUAGUAUUUUACAGUAGGCUACUGUGGUUUGUGUCUUGACUACCUGAAAAAGAGAUCUCAAACGUGGUGGUUCAGUGUAGGUAGUAGUCUACAAUAAGCUGUCGUGGUUUGUGUCUGAACUACAUGAAAAAUAUCUCAAACGUGGUGGUCCAGUGUAGGUAGUAUUCUACAUAAGCUGUCGUGGUUUGUGUCUGAACCACUUGAAAAAGUAUUCUUAAACAUGGUUGUCCAGUGUAGGCAGUAUUCUACAAUAAGCUGUCGUGGUUUGUAUCUGAACUGCCUGAACAAAUAUCUCAAACGUGAUGGUCCUGUGUAGGUAGUGUUCUAUACAAUGAGCUGUCGUGGUUUGUGUCUGAACGACCUUACUUUUUAAUGCCGCAUCCAAAAUUAUUAUUACAACAUAACAAUAUGUUUGUUUUUCUCAGAUGACCUUGUGUCAGGAUUGAUGAACGAGGGUCCAAAAAAUGAAAUAUUCGUUCGCAUUUUGAUUGGUUUUCUUCAAGUUUUACUCAAAGAUCUUCUGCGGCAAGAUUCAUCGAAAGAGGUAUUAAAAUUUUUCAGUCAUACAAAGUACAGUAACAAAACUUAUCAUGCAUGUAUUCCACCGGUGUGUCUGGCACCAGAAAGUCUAGGGCAUCAACUAUUUUGCUGACCUCAGAAUGACAUUUCGUCAAAACUUUUUCAAGAUUGGUUUAGAAACAAAUUUGGAGUAGGGUUAGGUUCGGGUUAGGGUAAGGAUUAGGGUUAAGGUUAGAGUUGAUGUUUGGAAUAGGGUUAGUGUUAGUAAAAUCGUUGCUUUGUUACGUUUUGUCACUCUGAGGCCAGCGAAAUAAUCUCUUCCAAAGUCUAGCACCACCUCAAAAAAUCUGCAUGGCCAUACAUUUCCCACUUUUCGAAUAGCGUUUAGAGGAACUUCUACUGUUAGCGCGUGUCGAUUUCUUCAAACGAUUUAAUUGAUUUGUGAACUCACGAGAAAAUACUCAGAAUGCUUUAGUUAAAUAUCAUGGUUAAAUAUGUAAACAUGUCGAGGUUGUUUGACAGCCAUAUUUUCAAAUAUACUGUACUUUAACAAGCAAUUUUACUGUAGUGUGCUACAGCAACUGUCCAGUCACGCAUACGUGAUAAAAAGCCGAUAUAAACUUUAGCUAUAGACAAAAGAUAAUGUAAGACAUAACAGAACGGCGAACAUGCAGAUUCGAUGUUGGGAUAGUAGCGUAGACCUGACCAGUACCUGGGAGUCUGGGACCUAUUGUUCUAACUUCUUUCACGUGCUUUACAUCUCUGUUGUACUUUUCUUUUAGUUUUCAGACCUAGGAGUUGGUCUCCUUGAUAUGAGAGUGUCUGAAUCGACUGUUGGUGAACUCACAAGACUGUAUUUGCAACAUUGUCAGAAUGGUGACCAUUCAACGAAGAAAACAAAUAAGGUUUUGACAAGAAGAAAACUGGUAAGGAGAAGCACUUUUGUUUGUUUAUUAAUUUCUUAAGUUUAUAACAGGUGUACUCCCAGUAAGGAGGUAUAUUAUAACUUGAAUGGUUGUAUAUUUUUCUAGAGUUGGAAUCUCAUGGAAUUGAAUAAAAAAGAUAUCGUGAACCUGACUGCUGUUCAGAAACUGGAGGUAUGAGACGAUAAUGGUUUAGAAACACGUAGGAAAGAGCGUUUUGUUUUGAAGAAAGCGUAAAGAAGGAUGGGUGAAAGGAUAGAAUAGGGGGGGGCAGACAAUGGUGUAACUUAGCCCGAGGCAAGAAGAAUCAUUACGGGCAAGUAGAAGUUCAUUCUUGAUCGCCCAAUCGGGCACUGAGUUGUUUCGUCGGAAAUUAAAUGCUACUCUAAAUUGUUAAGUCUGCUUGUUUAUAUUAUGCAUGUAUUCUCUUUUUGAUAUUUGUUAAGGUCCUUACUGCAAAAAAUAGUUAAGUUGCAUUACUUACAGACUAAGGUGGUAAAAAAGAGUUUUCUUUCCGCGAGCAUCAUCUGAACAUAAAGAAUUCCUGCAGACUUGCAGGAUAUUUUUAUGCUGAAUCUAUAGCCAUAGUGCUCAAACACUUUUUAAUUUACAGCUGUUGACGUACUUACUUGAUCAAAUAUUCAUAUCAGAAGUGUUUUAUUCUCAUCAGCAAGAACUGGAAGAAAACAGACGACAGACGUGGUAAGUUUAGUUUCGGUUUCCUCCUGUAGUAACACUGGGUCAGUAAGAGAUUAUCCUUACUGGACCUCUAGGAAGAACAGUUUAGAACUGAUAGAGCUAUCCAGUAUAAAUAAAGUUAGUUUAGUUUAGGUUUCCUCCUGUAGUAACACUGGGUCAACAGAUUAUCCUUACUGGAUCUCUAAGAAGAACAGUCUAGAACUGCUAGAGCUAUCCAGUAUAAAUAAAGUUAGUUUAGUUUAGGUUUCUUCCUGUAGUACUACUAGUAACACUGGAUCAAUAACAGAUUAUCCUUAAUGGAUCUCUAAGAAGAACAGUCUAGAACUGUUGGAGCUAUCCAGUAUAAAUAAAGUUUAGUUUAGUUUAGGUUUUUUCUUGCAGUAACACUGGAUCAAUAAGAGAUGAUCCUUACUGGACCUCUAGGAAGAACAGUUUAGAACUGCUAGAGCUAUCCAGCAUAAAUAAAGUUAGUUUAGUUUAGUUUAGGUUUCUUUUUGCAGUAACACUGGAUUAAUAAGAGAUGAUCCUUACUGGACCUCUAGGAAGAACAGUUUAGAACUGCUAGAGCUAUCCAAUAUAAAUAAAGUUAGUUUAGUUUAGGUUUCCUCCUGUAGUAACACUGGAUCAAUAACAGAUUAUCAUUAAUGGAUCUCUAAGAAGAACAGUCUAGAACUGCUAGAGCUAUCCAGUGUAAAUGAAGUUAGUUUAGGUUUUUUCUUGCAGUAACACUGGAACAAUACUAGUAAGAGAUACUCCUUACUGGACGUCUAGAGAGAACAGUUUGUAACUGAUAAAGCUAUCCAGUAUACAAAAAGUUACUUUAGUUUAGGUUUCCUCCUGUAUAGUAACACUGGAUCAAUAAGAGAUGACCCUUUAUGGACCUCUUGGGAGAACAGCUGACGUAUUAAGGCGAAAAUGUUGAAAUAACUUUCUGAUGUCUAAGAUCAUGGUAUUUCAUUUGUCAAAUAUUUCAGGGUAAAAAAGAUCGAUGUUGACACAGAAAUACGGGAACUAAUUCAAGAACAAAAGAAACUUGAAGAAGCGAAAAACCCGCAAAAGGAAAUUGACAAAUUUUUGGUGAGAUACAAAUAUAUUACGAUUCAUUAAUUCAUUUGAGUGUAGAAUUAUAUGUCAAUAUAUUAUGAUUUUAUUUUGCUAAGGCUAGUUGUUCUUGUCAGUCAAACCCCUGUUAAAGAAACAAUUAUUAUUCAGAGUUUUCUUUCUAUAAUUCUUAUUUUACAGUUUAGCAAAUGAACUACCAAAAAUUCUAAGACUUUUUUUGUUUAAUUUUAGGAGAAAUGCGAUGGAACCAAUGGGGGUAAGAAUACAAUACUUGUUUGUACUAUACCCACGUGAAACCGCACAAGUUGUUACAGGUCUGCAAACAAGUUGUUACAAAUCUGUUCACAAGCUGUCGACAAGUUGUGUUCGCACUGCUUGUUCCCAGUUGUUGUAACAAGUUUGGAACAAAAGAUGCAGUUUGAAGCUGUUAACAAACAAGCUUGAUGGCAUUAUCAGACUUGUUACAAGGUUGUUCUAACAAGUCUGAUACAGUCGUGAUAUAACAAGAAUGUUACAAGGUUGAUGACACAAGAUUGUAACAAUGUUGUUAUGUCGUGACUGUAUCGGACUUGUUGGAACAACCUUGCAAAAAGUCUGAUAAUAUUAACAAGCUUGUUUCAUACUGAACAAACUUGGAACAAGUAGUGCGAACACAACUUGUUGACGGCUGGCUAGCAGACUUGCUACAAGAUGUAAGAUUUUUACAUGUGUAGUUUUUAGUCCUCUUUGGGGCCAUUCACAAAGGAUGUCCGAGCCGAGGGGGGGGAGGGGGGUUUGGAAAAUCAGGACAAACUCGGACAUAGGGGGGGAGGGGGGUUUUUUAGCAAUCCGGAUGUACGAAAUUUAAAAAAAUUCAAAAACAAAUUUCUUUUUCCCUCUAUUUUGAGCAGUUCUUCCCAUUGUGAAAUUGGCAUUUUGACUAUGCAGUUAACACUAGAUUUUGUUUUAAUUAGUAAUUUAUAUGUUUUUGUGUUCACAUUUACAGUUAUAAAAAAGUUCUAAAAGUAAAAAAGUUUUUUACUCUUGAUAUAUACAAGGUUGCGUGAGUUUUUGCGAGGCAUGGCGGAUGUCCGGGGGGAGGGGGGGUCACUAAUUCGGACAAUGCCGGACAAGGGGGGGAGGGGGGUCUGAAAAUCCAUCAUUUGGCCGGACAUCCUUUGUGAAUGGCCCCUUUCUGUAUUGUAUUUAAUUAAAAUAAUUCCCGCAAUGACUAUCAUUUAUAUGUUGUUUACUUUUGUGUUUGACUUCCCAAAUCCUUUGACUUGCGUAUAUAGAGAAGGCAGUUGACAAAGGCCCGACUGAUUCUGAACAAGCGAGAGAUGGAAUGAGUGGCACAGAGAAUAUCGCACAAGAAAAAAAUAUGGAAAGCACAGAGAAUAAUAUCAAGAAAGACGACACCACAAGCAGUAACUUAACAACACGACAAGAACUGGCGGCAAAAAGUAAAAUUGAGAAAGAAAAAUUUGAUGAAAUGCGUCGUUUGGAGUAAGUGAGAAACCUUUCUGUCAGUAUUGGGUACUCACGUAAAAAUCUCGCAACUUGUCGACAAGAUAUGUUCGCGACAGGCUUGUAGCAAACUUGUCAACAAGUUGUAACAGUGCUGUUAUUUUAUCAAUUUGCUACAAGGUUGUCACUCACAACUUGUCAACAAGAUGUGUUCGCAACAGACUUGUAGCAAGCUUGUCAACAAGUUGUUACAAUGCUGUUAUUUUAUCAAUUUGCUACAAGGUUGUCACUCACAACUUGUCAACAAGAUGUGUUCGCAACAGACUUGUAGCAAACUUGUCAACAAGUUGUAACAAUGCUGUUAUUUUAUCAAUUUGCUACAAGGUUGUCACUCACAACUUGUCAACAAGAUGUGUUCGCAACAGACUUGUAGCAAGCUUGUCAACAAGUUGUUACAAUGCUGUUAUUUUAUCAAUUUGCUACAAGGUUGUCACUCACAACUUGUCAACAAGAUGUGUUCGCAACAGGCUUGUGGCAAGCUUGUCAACAAGUUGUGACAAUGCUGUUAUUUUAUCAAGUUGCUACAAGGUUGUCACUUACAACUUGUUGACAAAUUGUUGAAUUGCAGGACGAUAACAAGUUGUUGCAACAACUUGUUGUAACAAGUCUGUUGAGCUCAACAACCUUGUAGCAAGCUUGUCAACAAGUUGUAACGAUGCUGUUAUUUUGUCAAGUUGCUACAAGGUUGUGUCACUCACAACUUUUUGACAAAUUGUUGAAUUGCAGGACGAUAACAAGUUGUUGGACCAACUUGUAACAAGUCUGUUGAGCUCAACUGCCUCAACAACCUUGUAGCAAGUUGUCAACAAGCCGUUCACAAUUUGUUAACAAGCUUAAUAAGCAGUGCGAACACAUCCUGUUGACAAAUUGUUGGAACAGCAUUGCUACAUGUCUGCUGCAUGUUUGUUACAGAUAGUUUUAACGAAUGAAACAGAAUAAUAUCAAAAUUCGUGUUAUUUUCACACCCAAAUAUACACACGUUCAGAUUUGUUUACAGAUUAUUUUGUGUUCUUUCAGUGAAAAGUUAUAUCAGAAAAAGCAAAAAGUUGAACGGUUUAAGGUUUGUACAAAAUUUUUUGAACAUUUCACUUCACGAAGUUUUCAGCGUUUCUUUCCGAGUGUUUCGGUAGUAAAAAUCACAUGCAUUUGGGGUUAGUGGUAAGGCUGGAUUUUGGUGGAAAUAGUGGGGGAGGUGGAACAAAAAUUAGGGGAGAUGGAGCAGUCUAGCUCAUGACUCCCAUGGAAAGUUAGAGCUUAGAACGAGCCACAGUCAACGUCGUGACGUAUGCAUGUAGUGUACAUAUGUAUCAGUGUAUUAAUGAAUUAUGACUGCACAACUCAUUCAAUUUUGCCCUUCAUUACAAUUACUACAAAGUUUCUUUCAAAAUAUUGUGUUAAAAGGAUACUUGACACGGAGAUGAAUUGCCUAUCGCUGUUUCAAUUUUACAGAAAAACUUUCUUUCGAAGUGUAGACCCUAAACAACCAAAAAAGUCAAAUUUUCACUUUGAUCUAUCAUUGAAACUUUCCCAAGAGGAGGUGCAUGACUUUUCAGGGGAGGUGCAAAAAUUCUCAAGGAGGUGCAAAACGAUCUCAGGCGAGCGCCUCCCCUCAAAAUCCGGCCAUUGUUAGGCACUUCAAACUUAGAAGUUAACACUUAAUCAUCUUCGAUAUUAUAAUUCAUAUUCUAGGAGAUCAUAAACCAAGUGAGGGAUUGUCGUCGUCUUGAAUCUUUGGGAAGCGAUCGUAAUCAUAGUCGAUAUUGGUUAUUUCAGUCGCAUCCUGAAGCAUUGUUUGUAGAGAAGAUGGCUUCCCCUGACGUAAAGGCGACGGAGUGUCCUGACAUUGGGGAU